GUCCUUUGCGGGCAACCUUCACUACUUCAGUUCUGUGUCCGUUGUAGGUUUGUGUGGGUGUUCCGCACUAACUAAUAAAAUUUUAUUUGGUAUUAAUACAAUAUAUAUAUUUUAAAUAUAUAUAGUGAUAUUUUUUUUAUUAAUAUGUUUGAAUAUUUUGUUAAAAUCUGGUGGAAAAUAUGUGUGCUGCUCGUAAUAUUUUCACGCAGUGUGACUUCACAAGCCUCCCCUCAUAUUUUAUUUAUUAUGGUGGAUGAUAUGGGAUGGAAUGAUGUUUCGUAUCAUGGAUCUAAUCAAAUAUUGACGCCUAACUUGGAUGUAUUGGCCAGUAGGGGUGUGAUACUUCAACAGUACUACAGCGAGGCGAUAUGCACUCCGGCACGUACAGCGCUACUCACCGGCAAAUACCCCAUGCGACUAGGAAUGCACGGAAUGCCGCUAUAUAAUUCAGAAGAUCGAGGCAUACCGGUGUCAGAGCGACUGCUGCCUUCAUACUUAAAGGAAAGAGGUUACAAAACUCAUUUGGUCGGUAAGUGGCAUGUGGGUAUGUCACGAAAUCAGUUCCUACCAACCAGAAGGGGAUAUGACAGCCAUUACGGAAUGCUCGGCGGAUUUGUAGAUUAUUACACGUACAAUAAAGUUGAACUGUUGCCUAAUGGGAAAGAGUUCUAUGGAGCUGACCUUACGGAUAACGAUAUCCCACAAGACGACGAGGACCGAUAUAUUGUAGACGCACUAACUGAAAGGGCUAUAGACAUCAUACAAAAUCACAAUGACUCAAGUCCAAUGUUCCUUCACUUGGCGCAUAACGUACCACAUGCGGGCAACGAUGGAGGGCUCCUCCAGCCUCCAAAUGUACCACUGUCCAAGAGAAAUCAACACAUUGCUCAUUCUAAUAGAAGACUCUAUGCAGAAAUGGUUACUCAUUUGGACCUCAGUGUUGGAAAAGUUGUAAAGGCUUUAGCAGAUAACGGAAUGUUGCAAAACACUAUCAUCAUAUUCGCGUCUGAUAACGGAGCGCCGACUGUAGGUAUGUUUAAUAACUGGGGAGUGAAUUUACCUUUUCGAGGGAAGAAGCAAACUCCUUGGGAAGGGGGCGUUAGAGUCCCGGCCUUUAUAUGGCAUCCUUCAUUAAGACCGAAAGUUUGGGAUGGUCUGAUGCACGUUACCGAUUGGCUCCCCACUCUCGUGGGGGCUGUUGGGGGUGAAGUGAAUGUCCAGAUUGACGGUGUCAACCAGUGGGAUUCUAUAUCAAAAGAUGCAAAACCUAAAAGAAAAGAAGUAUUGAUUGCUAUUGAAGACAGUGAUACCAAUAUUUACGCCGCUUUUAGAGCUGGUGAUUAUAAGAUCGUUGUUGGAAAUGUGACCGGCUUAAGCAACGGUUACUAUGGGGCUGACUUCAUGACCUAUAGAGCGUGCCCACCUGAUUAUUUUACUACUCUCAAGUCUUCAGAGGUAGCUAAGGUUUUCGAAUCAUUUAAUAUGAAACUGGACUACGACGAAGUGUUGGCUAUGCGAGAAGCAAGUAUUAUCAAACAAACAGACCCAGUACGAGACCUGAUUCCGUGUGAGCCUAGUCCUGAACGUGGUUGUCUAUACAAUGUCAAACGGGAUCCGUCGGAGAGCCACGACUUAUGGAGCAGAGGAACUAAGAUAACAGAUUUACUGUGGAGUAGAUUGAAGAACUUAUGGUCAAUGCAAUUAAGAAGAGGUCCAGUAACGAUAGACCCUCGGGCCGAUCCAGCAAAUUUCGGUUACAGAUGGAUGCCGUGGCUUAAUGACAGUUUGCCAGCCAAUACCUUGAAUAACACUAAUUCAUCCAAAAAUGAAAUAGCUUCAAAUCUUAGUGAAAAAUAUUAUAUAGUGCCCAAUAGUGACGGUUCUUCAGAUGGAAAGACAGUAACAACAACAGUUAACUGUCAAGAUGUCAAAGGUUUUAGAAAUUUCCUUUGCAUAUUAAGAAGUGUUUUCUAGAUCAAUUAGUUUUUUAUUGUUUUUGUACAGAGUAUAAUUUAAUUACUUAUGUUUUUCUGUUGUUAAUCAUAAUUGUUAUUCGUUUUUAUAAAUUAGAAUUUUAACUACAAGCGUUUCAUUGAAAUAAUUUUGUGUGAAUGGGAAUGAGUGAAAAUGAUUUUAUUGCCAUACGAAACAGUUAAAGCUAUUUUUAUUCACACGAUUAUUAAACAUGCUAAAAACUAUAGUGUUGUUAAUUUUGCAUGAUUUACUAAAAAUUUGAAUGGAGGGAGAUAUGAUCUCAAAGGAAGACGUGUGCUGCUGAUUGGCGAGAAUUGUGGGUAGAAUCAUGUUCAGCUUUCGGCAUUUAGUAAUAUGAUAUGGGGACUCUUAGUAAAACUGAUAAAAAGAGUAGAAAAUUAACUCAUAUAAAAAAUAUUAGUUUGAACUUAAAGAUCAUUAUUAUGAAAAUUAUUCUAGUUAAGAUAUGUUCUUAAACCCGCCGCUGGUACGCCACAAUCUUAAAUGUCACUCAAUUUAGAAAUAAAAUCGAGUUUGUGUGAUAAAGAUGAUAUUGGCAUUACGUAACUGUAAACUAAUCUCAGUUUGUCGUUAUGCCGUCAUGAGCAUACGCGUCUUUUUACCAGUUUUAUUUAUAUAUUAUACAUAUUGAAAAAGUGUUUAAAAUUUUCAAAUGUAUUAUUUGUUAAAUAAAGUAUUUUCUAUUAUA